AUGAAAGCUUCUUUUUCUGCCUCGCAGGCGCUGGGAGUUGCGUUGAUGAUUUCCCACGCUCAGGCUUCACUCAUCCCACGUAGUUUCUGCGUCGGAGAGCAGGUCAACACGACAAGCGGAAUCAUCCAGGGCCAUGCAGCAGCAAACCGAACCGAGGUAUCAGAGUAUCUCGGCAUCCCCUUCGCCCAACCUCCAGUUGGAGACUUGCGGUUCGCCGGUCCUCAGCCUUACCUCUCCAGCGAACCAUUCGAUGCCAGCUCAUAUGGGUUGAUGUGCAUGAGAAAUGCUGCGGCGGCCAAUUACAGCAUACUCACGGCCGAGGGGUACCACCUGACAUCGAUCGCGGCAGAAUAUCUGGAUACAAUUCAAAGUCAGGGCUACGCCAUGGGCGAGGACUGCCUUACACUCAAUGUCUGGACGAAGCCGCAGGUGGGAGAGAAGGCCAAAGCAGUCUUGUUUUUCAUCCACGGAGGCGGAUUCCAGGGAGGCUCUUCUCACAAUCCGUUCUUGACGGGUCAGUACUUCGCCGAUGAUGAAGACGUCGUCGUAAUCUCCACAAACUACCGCACCAAUUUGUUCGGCUUCCCUGGUCUAGAGCCCUCGGUAGCCAAUGUCGCGCCCAACGCCGGCCUCCUGGACCAGCGCCUGGCGAUCGAAUGGGCCCGCGACAACGUAGCAGCCUUUGGAGGAGACCCGACACGCAUCACCCUCUUCGGCCAGUCUGCCGGCUCAACCUCCAUCUCGACAUACGGCUACGCCUACGCCUCGGACCCCAUCGCCCACGGUCUGAUUACCCAGUCCGGGACAGCCGACGGCUUCGGCAUCCCAUCGCCGAACUCCACUGCAUCGUUCCUGGCCCUCUCGACCCUACUAGGCUGCAAUGCCACCUCCUCAGACCUCAGCACAGCCGUGGCCUGCGUCCGCGCCCAGCCCGCCGACGCUGUGCUGGCUGCGAGCGCCAGCGUCCCAGCAACGACCUCCGCGCUCGGCACCUUCUCCCCGACCGCCGACAACGUGACCGCCUUCUCCGACUACCCCACGCUCACGGCAGCGGGCGCCUUCGCGCAGAUGCCGCGGCUGCACGGCAGCAACUCGGACGAAGGCAGCUCCUUCGAGAUCGACUUCGCGCUGCAGGGGCUCGUGCUGCCGAAGCCGUACUGGGACUGGCACACGCUCGCCUUCUUCGGCUGCCCGACGGCCAGCUCGGCGGAAAGUAUUGCGCAGGCGGCGCCCGAGGUGCCUUCGUGGCGGUACGUGUAUGUCGCGGACUACCCCAACAUGCGCCUCACGGUCGACCCUACGCUCGGCGCUUACCACGGCUCGGAGCUCAACCCCCUGUUUGGGACUUCUGAGUCGCUGGGCGAGCUUGAUACGCCGGCUGAAGCGGCCAUGGGCAAGUAUAUGAGGGCGGCGUGGGCGGCGUUUGCGAAGGACCCUUACAAUGGGCUGGCCGAGGAGAAGUUUGGCUGGCCAGUGCUGCCGACUGAUGACGAGGAUGAGGCACAGACUGUAGUGUUGGGGCAAGGCAAUGCUACCGUGGCGGCGUUUGAGCUGAGUUCUGUAAGGGAUGCAUUGUGCCCUACGGUUAUGGACGCGCUGGAGGCGGUUGGGGGAACGCCAGGCUUGCUCCUGAUUGCGCUGGCGUUGGCACAGGCGCUGCAGGAUGUCGAGGAUGGGGAUGUUGCUGCAGUGAGCGAGGCCAUUCUGGCUCUUGCUAGCGGAGGAACAGCCAAGUGA